AUGGAGUCUCGUGGCUCAACUCCUGCUUUCCUAGCCUUGCUGGCAGAUGCACUCGAAAGACGCAGAUUGAGAGUGGAGGUGGCGGAAUGCUGUUUCGAUGGAUGUGGGGUGGACGAAAGCCCUGACUCAAACUUCCUGAUUGGCCCAGACCAUCCGCACAUGAGCUUAUUGUCCAGCGAGCCGAUGACGAGAACGCCAGCUGAUGACACGGCUCCGAAAAAUCAUGGUCAUGAUGAUCAAAACCAAGAGGAAUCAGGACAGGCGCAGCAGGUGGAUGCGCCAGACACUGACCUCAAGGAUGCUCCACAUGUGGAUGUUUCCAGGGGCGGUGCAGGCGCUGAUGAGGAUGAAUAUUCAGAGGAGUCUGGAUCAGAGGACGAGGGUGAAAGUGCUUCCUCUGAGGAGGAAGAAGGAGAAGAGGAUGAGUACUCAGAAGAGUGUUCAUCAGAAGGCUCAGCUGAUGAGUAUGCUGAUGCAGAGGGCAGUGAGGCGGAGCUGAGUUGUGCAAGUGAUGCUGAAAGCUCAGAAUACAGUGGAGAGGACGACUCUGCUGAGGAGGACGAGGCUAGUCCAUCGCAUGACAUGGUGGUGGAUGACGCAGAGGGCCAAGCGGGUGACAAAAUAUGUGGUGACGAUGUACAUGGCAAAGGUGAGGAUGCCGGGGAGGCUUCACUCGAGGCAAGCGCGGGGGAGACCGAGGCGGCCGCCAACGUCCAAGGAGCUCGUGACGAAGGAAAGGCUGCUGAGUCUUUGGCGGAUGCUGGCGAUUCCCCAGACAGCAGCCCGCCUCGCGAAGAAGCGGCUCAUGAUGCACUGCACUUGCAAGACUCCGUGGUCGCAAGCAUCGAGGACAGUCUGGGCAUGCUGGAAGAGCAACAGCAGCUCCAGGCGGCCCCCAUGCAGUCUUUGCAGAUUGCCGCUGACGCGUCGCCUUCGCUCGAGGAGUGCGGCAUCUGGAAACAAAGAGAAAGAUUGGAGGAGCAGGAUUUCCAGAAUCUGUCGCCAAUCGCAGCAGCUUCAGAAUCGCAGGAUGAGGCCAACCGUAGUUUCGUUGCCACAGAGGAGCGGCCGGAGGCCGAACGAAGCUUCGAUGGAGACAGCGGGCACGACACAGCCGCCGAAUUCUUCGACAUCUCCAGCGAGAUUGACCGAGAUGGCUCCGAGCCCUCCACACUCAGCAUGGCCGACACCUGCAACUCCCGGCUACAAGCAUCGGUGCCAGUUCAUGAUCAGCCAGAUGACCAACCGCGGUUGACGGUGCCUGACCAAGUCCCCGAGCACUACAUUAUCUGCAGCGACGCGGAGCCGUGCCCCCCUGGAACAAAUCCUGAUGCAUCUCCAGAGAAUGCUAGAGCUCCGCAGAACUUGGUACUGACGCAGAGCCUCCUGCAGGAUCAAGCCGAUUGGUUGUCGCAAGUGGCAGAGGAUCCCAGAAGUGAUUCCAGGGACAGUCAGCUGAAGGAUGAACGCAAAGGAAGCAAAGCGAGCCGAAGUGACUGCCAGGCGAGCGACUAUUACAGCCAGUAUGGAGAUUUAUACUUUGAUGAGGCCAACCUGAUUGAGAACGGGAACCACGUGCUGGUGGGAUACAUCAUGAAACCGAAGGAGGGUCAUGGCUAUUUGGAAACAGCAGUGCAGUUUGCCUCCGAAGCAUGCAAAAGCACAUCGGACGAUUUUGAUUCUUUGGAUGCGCACGUCUAUUUCAUCGAUCCGGAGAGUGAGAAGAUGAAGAUUGCGUACCCUGUCCAGCUGUUUGGGCACGAUGCGAGCAUCACUUGCUCGUUCUUCAACUUGGGCAUCGGCAACAACCAAAGCAUGGAGGAGACAGAGUACAGCCGAAUCAAUGACUUCUACUUGCCACCGCGGUUCCUGCGUCUGUAUGAUGGACCUGAUGCAAAUGUAGAGGGUGCCUGGCGCACUAUGGGCCGCCGCGUCAACAAGGUCAAGCAACACUGCCUUGCAGCUGACGGCACUCUCCAGCCGAAGCUUCGCCUUCUGCCCAAGCCUGCCCAUCCCAGCUUUGCGUUUUGGCAAGGACACCCUGAGGGUGAGAUGCUGGAUCAGAUGAGCGAGUGCCUCCCUGAGGUCGUCCAGGAAAUGGCGGCGUGCAUCAAGAAGGCUGGCCCAAGCAAGUCUCCCACAAAUGUGCUCACUGUGGACAGCCAGAUGCUCGACCGUGGCAAGUACAUUUUAUCGCAGUUCGCACCACUCUUCAAGAGUUAUGCGCUCCUGGUUCGGAGCUACGUCGAAGGAGGUGCUGUCACGGACACCCAGCCCCAGGGAGGCUACACGGCUUUUGUUCAUGCCAAGCUUUCUCAAGUCAUCGGGGCUCCCGACAUCCGCGCCGGUGUGGCCGACGUGCCUGAUGUCCACCAGCAGGACAGGCUGGACACGCUGGAAGAGCAGCAGCUCCAGGCCGUGCAGAGACCAGAGCUUCAAGUGGCCAGCAUUCUCGCACCACACGUGCAGGUGGCCCUCAGCCGGUCUUUGGCGAAGACUGCUGCUGCCGAGUCGCCUUCGCUCGAGGAGCCGCGCUUCUAG